AAGAAGGAAGUUGAAUUCCUUUCCACCAGUUAUUGCCUGUCAUCCAACAGUCUGAAUAGUGUAAAACGGACACACAGUACCAAACGUAUCGAUAAAAAUUUAAUUCUUUUAUCUUAUCAUUUAAAUCAAACUGAAUUGUGAAUGAAUGCACGUGUACCUUUUUUUGCUGCAAAUAGCAAAAGACCAGCACAGUUUAAUGCGGACAGUUCAACCAGGCCGAAGACUUGGGCAUUGUUUUCUGCACUAUUUAAAACAGUGAUUUAUUCGAGGAUUUCAUUUAUAUAUGCUCGAUGGAUAAAACUCUUAUCUCAUUAGAUUCAACUUGGCAUAAAUUUUUUAAAAGUGACACAAUAUGAAGUAACCUAAUUAAUUAAAUACAUAACAUUAAUUUUGUUAUGUUAUUUUACUUACUUUUAUUCUGAUAAUCGUUAAUUUUACAAACAGCACGAGUAUUUUUGUUAAAAAAAACGAUGAAUGCCCUGAUGUUCUUUAUCUUCGUCAGUCAGAUUCUAUAUAUUUUUGGAAAAGUAAUCCUAUUGCGCGGAUCCUUAUUAUCUAAUGGUUCAAAUAGACCUGCUAAAGUAAAAUUGAUAUGUCUCUCGGAAGAUGAUGGCGGAGCCCUUGUGUGGAACAACAAUUUAAUCUGGAAAUCUUAUUCUCCUGAAGAAAACAAUUUGCAAUUUCACAAUUUAAGUAAACUCAACAAUAAUGAGAUCAAUUGUAAAAUGAACGAAAGCUGCUUGGAGUCAUGGAAUAAACAGAACUGGACUCUUACAAAUUCUUUAAAAACACCUAUGGGUCCGGUAUUUGAUCAGCGAUGGGAAAAUUUUAAACAAUAUAAUAAUCUUCAAGAUACUUAUGAUUAUGUAGAUUUUAAUCUUAGUACCGAAGUAAAGCUACCUUUUUCGGUUCGUGUUUCCCAUAACGCACAAAUAUUAAUUUGCAACAGUAAGAAGUUUGCCAGAGAUUCUUGCUAUUGGAUCGGAAGAGCACAC